CAUUCCUGCAAGAUACAUUCUGACAUUUUUAAUUUUCUGCGGCAUGUGCCUCAUUUUCGGACAAAGAGUGUGCCUGAAUGUUGCCAUGGUGGCCAUGGUAAACAGCAGUGCUGAGGUUGAAGUUAUGAGCAUGGAUUCGGACACAGACGAGAGCCGUUGUCCGGUCCCUGAAUCAAGCAUGAACGUCACGCUUAAAUCCAAACAGGGCAGUUAUCUGUGGACGCCGUCAAUUCAAGGUGUUAUCAUCGGUUCCUAUUUUUAUGGGUAUGUUGUGGCUCAGAUAGUCGGAGGUAGACUGGCUGAUAUUUUCGGAGCCAAGAGACUGUUCGGCUGCGCUACUUUUCUAUCAUCCGUCAUUACAUGUCUGACGCCGUAUGUAUCGAGCCUAACACCCAUUUGGAUGAUUGUUCUUCGAGUUCUGCUUGGUUUCGUUCAUGUAAGUAAAUACUUGAGUGUUUAGUUCGAAAGGAAAAAU